AUAACUGUGGAGAAUUACAUUCAGCAGAGGUGCGAAGUUUCAUAAAUCUUACUCGUUACAACACAUGAGUGAACAUAUGUAUGCAUCAGCAGAAGUGUAAAUGGACAUUCGGGGAAUGAGCAUUUAGCUCACAGAUGGACACUCCAUUUAACCAUAUUAACAACUCUUCAUUUCCAUGACGAUCAUCUCCAUUUUGUUCUUAUCAUUUCCUUUUUUUCAUAAGCUUAGACGAACAGAUUUUGAAAGAUUCUGCGGGUGUCAAUGUGCCAACGUUGUGAAGUCGUGGCUGCAGCUCAACACAAAGAACUGCCAUUGAUUGCUGCCCACACACUCGGUCUAUAGGCGGUGUUGAAGGGAGCUUCCAGCCGACCAAGGCGACGUCACGACGACAUCACUCUCAGGAAUUUUUUUUAACCUCUUAUUUGCAUCAUUGAGAAUUAGAAUCUCCCAGAAAAUGUGUCAAUCGACAUGGUCCUUCUGAUUAACGUGAAUGCCGCGGAAGCAGCCAUUUAAUUGAUAGUUUUGCCGUGCUUAACGUCAUACGUUUGUUUAUGUGAUAAUGAAUUCUAAAUAGUGUUGAUGCUCUCCGUGUUCAGUGCUUUAUGGAGGUAAAAUGGGUCCAGGGAUUUGUUUACGUAUCGCAAGAGACUUUGAAAAACAAGUUCAUGCUAGGAAGUAGACGAUGAUGAAUGCCGUCAUCCUCGGAAUUACGUUGAGCCUUGUUGGCAUCAUCGGGGGAGUUGUUUGUUUCGUACUCUGUAGAGUAUACCGGAAGCGGCAACACAGGCAGAGUAUUCGUACAUUUCCCGGAUAUGACGCAGUUGGUGACUACAAACCACCAUCUCUGAUGUCCAUUUCUACAACCUCACAGGAAGCGUUUUUGACAAAAGAGCACCGUUCUGUACAACCGUCGUCCCUUCCGUCCACAUCCCGGGGGAGUAUAUCUACAAUGUCGAGGGGAAGUAUCAAGAGUGACCCUUUCACCGAGGAAACCAGCAGUAUUAGUGCACGGAGCGAUACUAGUGGUGACAGUCUCAUAUUUGAUCCUAACUUUGGUGCUAUACGACCUGAUCUAUAUCCCCGGAAGGACGCCGUUCUUCAGCAGUCGUCAGUGGAGCAGAGUCAGGGUAAACUUCAUAUCCGGAUCAAAUACGACUUCCGGACCUCCGAUGUGCUCGUCCAUCUCAUUGAAGCUCAAGAACUUCUGGUAGACAAAUUACGUGAUCCUGAAGGAGGCUUUGGUGAUCCGUAUAUCCGGAUUAAUAUGGUACCGGAAGUUGAUGAGAGGACACGACAAUCAUCUGUCAAACGCAGAACCCACAAUCCGUUUUACAAUGAAUACUUUAAAUUUCCGGUGACAGUUGACGAGGUCAAAGAACGAACAUUGAUUUUUCAGGUCUUUGACUAUGAUAAGUUUUCUCGUCAUAAAACAAUGGGAGAAGUUAGUGUCGAUCUGGGACAGGUUGACGUCACAAACAGUGUAGAAAUGUGGUGUGACAUUCAAAAGCAAAGUCAGCACAAUGAUAUGGGAGAAAUUUUGUUGUCGUUGAGCUACCUUCCCACAGCCGAACGACUGACCGUGGUUGUUUUAAAAGCUAAGGAACUUGUGAUGACAGCUGCCGGGGGAUCAUGCGACCCUUACGUGAGGAUUUCACUUAUCGUUGAUGGAAAGAAGGUAAAGAGAAAGAAAACCUCAGUCAAAAGAAGCACAACAUCACCGGUCUGGAACGAGGCUCUGACCUUUAAUAUCUCCUCAGAUAUGCUGCCAAAAUGUAAUCUUGAAGUAACAGUUCUUGACCAUGACCUGAUAGGUCACGGUGAAUUUGUUGGACGUUGCAUUAUUGGGCCAAGCCGACCGGAAGGGGAAGGCAAACAUUGGAAUGACAUGCUUAAUAACCACCGAAAGUCAAUGGCUAUGUGGCAGCACCUCUAUAGGCGAUAACACCGGAUGUUUUCGAAUUUUUAUGAUAAAGUUUUCCAUUGACAUUAUUAUGAAAAGUGCUUUAACAAGAAUGAUUUGUUUUCCAUUCUUGCCAAAGAAGUAGGGCAAAUAUCGCUUGUUUGUAGCUGUAUAUAGCUUGUGUUAUAUCGUAUGCCGUUAAUUGCCUUUACACUAUUGUGAUAAUGUUGCACAGCUCUAGCUUGCCGUUUUGGUAGACGUGUGGUGGCUGUUGAGCCACAGGGCCUAACCUUAGGUUGAAAUGUUUCUUACCAUCCAUAUUUGGUUACGAGAAAGUCUAAGCCCUGUCGCCUCUUUCAACAGUUAUAUACGAUGUAAAGACAGUUUCAUUCACAUUGAUUAUAAUAGAUAUUCAAAAUUGAUUCAGUUAUGUUGAAGUACUUACAUCGUGUAUCUGACCUGUUGAAAGAGACUUUCAUAAGCAGAAGAAAGUUAGUGAAAUUGUCACGCACAUCCCAACGCGACACACACACAAUUCUUUCUUGUUCAUUUGAUUUUGUGACGAAGAGGACUUUAUAACAGAUGUGUUCUGUUGCGAGGUAUAGUAGGGCAAUAUUGGUAGGUAUGACACACAAUGGUGUUCAAGUUUUAAAGAUAAAGAGAUGAACACUAUAAGUUGCAUCAUAAAUUGUUGGUCAUAUUUGUGCAUGCAAAACUGUAGGUCUCUGUCCACCAUUGCAGGUUUCUACAUGUAGACUUUGAAUUACAGUUUCCUAGUUAAUAUGGCCCCUUUCUAUAUCGAUAAGAUGUGUCAUUCAGUGAAUGUUGUGGCUACAGUGGCUAUGUCGGUACAUGUUAUAUCACGUUUUGCUUUUUGUAAUACAAGUGUUUACUAUGUUAUAUGGAUGACUGUAAAUGUUGAUGUUACUAUUGGCAGAAAAUGUGUUUUAUUUUUCUGAAAAGUUGAUAUCACAAUAAAUUUAUUGAACACCCAA